AUGCCCAUGACAAAGGCCCCCCAAGCGGCUGGCGGGCAGAGUGAUGGAGGUGAUGGCGAAGAGGCAGAGCCGGAAGGGAUGUUCACGGCCCCCAAGGACACGAAGAGAAAAGUCCGAGACUGCCUCCGCCUGGCUCCCCUGUGGCUGGCUCUGGUCAUGUUGGCUUCAGUGGGGCUCCUGCUCUGGUAUUUCCUAGGGUACAAGGCAGAGGUGACAGUCAGCCAGGUGUACUCAGGCAGCCUCCGCGUGCUCAAUCGCCACUUCUCCCAGGACCUUGCCCGCCGGGAGUCCAGUGCCUUCCGCAGUGAAACUGCCAAAGCUCAGAAGAUGCUCAAGGAGCUCAUUGCCAGCACCCCCCUAGGUACUUACUACAACUCCAGUGCCGUCUACUCCUUUGGGGAGGGACCAUUCACCUGCUUCUUCUGGUUCAUCCUCCAAAUCCCGGAGCACCGCCGGCCAAUGCUGAGCCCCGACGUGGUGCGGGCCCUGCUGGCGGAGGAGCUGCUGUCUGCUGCCAACAGCUCGGUCCCCGCUCCCUAUCGGACCGAGUACGAGGUGGACCCCGAGGGCCUGGUGAUCCUGGAAGCCAGCGUGAAAGACAUAGUUGCACUGAAUUCCACGCUGGGCUGCUACCGCUACAGCUACGUGGGCCAGGGCCAGGUCCUCCGGCUGAAGGGGCCCGACACCCUGGCCUCCAGCUGCCUGUGGCACCUUCAGGGCCCCCAGGAUCUCAUGCUCAAACUCCGGCUCGAGUGGAAGCUGGCUGACUGCCGGGACCGGCUGGCCAUGUAUGAUGCGGCGGGGCCUCUCGAGAGGAGGCUCAUCACCUCGGUCUAUGGCUGCAGUCGCCAGGAGCCCGUGGUGGAGGUCCUAGCCUCAGGCGCCAUCAUGGCGGUGGUCUGGAAGAAGGGCCUUCACAGCUACUACGACCCCUUCGUGCUCUCCGUGCAGCCUGUGACCUUCCAGGCCUGCGAGGUGAACCUGACCCUGGAGGGCCGGCUGGAGCCGCAGGGUGUCCUCAGCACACCAUACUUCCCCAGCUACUACUCACCCAACACCCACUGCUCCUGGCACCUGACGGUGCCCUCUCUGGACUACGGCUUGGCCCUCUGGUUUGACGCCUACGCACUGCGGAGGCAGAAAUACGACAUGCCAUGCACCCAGGGCCAGUGGACCAUCCAAAACAGAAGGCUGUGUGGCCUGCGCACCCUGCAGCCCUACGCUGAGAGGAUCCCCGUGGUGGCCAGCGCCGGCAUCACCAUCAACUUCACAUCCCAGAUCUCCCUCACCGGGCCCGGCGUGCAGGUGCACUAUAGCCUGUACAACCAGUCAGAUCCCUGCCCUGGAGAGUUCCUCUGCUCCGUGAACGGACUCUGUGUGCCCACCUGUGAUGGGGUCAAGGAUUGCCCCAACGGCCUGGAUGAGAGAAACUGCGUCUGCAGAGCCACAUUCCAGUGCCAGGAGGACAGCACGUGCAUCCCCCUGUCCAGGGUCUGUGACCGGCAGCCCGACUGUCUCAACGGGAGUGACGAAGAGCAAUGCCAGGAAGGGGUGCCUUGUGGGACCUUCACCUUUCAGUGUGAGGACCGCAGCUGUGUGAAGAAGCCCAACCCGCAGUGUGACGGGCACCCCGACUGCAGGGAUGGCUCAGACGAGCAGCGCUGCGACUGUGGCCUUCAGGGCCCCUCGGGCCGCAUCGUGGGCGGGGCCGUGUCCUCAGAGGGUGAGUGGCCGUGGCAGGCCAGCCUCCAGGUUCGUGGCCGACACAUCUGUGGGGGGGCCCUCAUCGCUGACCGCUGGGUGAUCACUGCUGCCCACUGCUUCCAGGAGGAAAGCAUGGCAUCCCCGGCGCUGUGGACCGUGUUCCUGGGCAAAGUGUGGCAGAGCUCACGCUGGCCGGGUGAGGUGUCCUUCAAGGUGAGCCGCCUGCUCUUGCACCCGUACCACGAGGAGGACAGCCACGACUACGACGUGGCCCUGCUGCAGCUCGACCACCCCGUGGUGCGCUCAGCCGCCGUGCAGCCCGUCUGCCUGCCUGCCCGCUCCCACUUCUUCGAGCCAGGCCUGUACUGCUGGAUCACAGGCUGGGGUGCCCUGCGAGAAGGCGGCCCCACCAGCAACGGCCUGCAGAAGGUGGACGUGCAGCUGAUCCCGCAGGACCUGUGCAGCGAGGCCUACCGCUACCAGGUGACACCCCGCAUGCUGUGCGCCGGCUACCGCAACGGCAAGAAGGAUGCCUGCCAGGGUGACUCAGGUGGCCCGCUGGUGUGCAAGGAGCCCAGUGGCCGUUGGUUCCUGGCAGGGCUCGUCAGCUGGGGUCUGGGCUGUGGCCGGCCCAACUAUUUUGGCGUCUAUACCCGCAUCACUGGUGUGAUAAGCUGGAUCCAGCAGGUGCUGACUUGA